UAUUUACUGUUUUUUUCUCUUAAUCCAGAAUAUAUUUUAUAUCUGUUUUAUGUUGCUCUUGACUUCUUAUGUGUGUGUGAGAAGCAUUUUAAGAUUUUUUUUCUUUUGCUUUGUGCAGUGAACAUUUAGGGAAACUGACAAUAAAUAAAUCUUUAAUCCUGAUUUUACUCCAUGUUCACUGGUAAAAUCAUUUAUCCCACAUUUCUACAACACGUGAAGGCAACAGGCUACAGAUCAAAGGAGUCUCUGUGAUUAAGUCUUUAAUAAUCAACUAAUUAAACCACUCAUAUUGGCCACGUAAUGAUAAUAACUAAUAAUUAUGGUAAAAUAAAUAAAAGGAUGAAUCGAUAAUAGAAAAUCUGUUUCAGGACAACUUUUAAAAUCUUACACGUUUCAGUAGUUUUUACUGUUAACAACAGUAAUAGUUUAUAUGCUACUAAAUAAUUAAAUAUAUAUGUAUAAUAUAAAUAAUAUUAAUUAAUUUUAUCACCACCACUCUGUACAAACAGGAUCUCUUUAUAUUUCUAUUUUAUUUCUUGUAUCUCGUCUAAUUCUGCGCUACAGCGACAAUUUGGGAUAAAUGAACAAUGUCUGUUGUGUUCCGGCCCUGGUCCCGGUCCUGGUUCUGGUCGUGGUCCUGGUCCCGGUCCCGGUCCUGGUUCUGGUCGUGGUGUCUCGGGGGCGGCUCGUUGCAGGGACUCUCCGGGACACGGAGCACCUCUGGCGGAUGGAGGCUGCUCGGUAACCGGCGGCGGAGCGGUGGCUGCAGAUGUCCGUGUCCGGGAUGAAGAAGCAGCUGCAUAAAGCCAGCCAGAUGCUGAACGAGAGGCUGAUGGGAGCUGAAGGGACGAAGCUGGACGGAGACUUCCUGAAGAUGGAGAAGAGCGUCACCGUGAUCCAGACUCUCCUGGACCAGCUGCUGACCAGAACCACAGAGUUCCUGCAGCCAAACCCAGCGUGCAGAGUUAAACUGAACAUGAUCAACACCGUGUCCAGGAUCCGGGGCCAGACCAGGUCUACAGGGUACCCCCAGACCGAGGCCACGCUGGGGGACUGCAUGCUCCGCUACGGCCGCCAGCUCGGACCGGGUUCUGAGUUCGGCGGGGCUCUGUCCAGUGCGGGUGAGGUUCUACAGCAGGUUGCUCAGGCCAGAGAUGUUCUGGAUGUGAAGAUCCAGCGCUCCUUCAUCGACCCCCUGCAGGAGCUCCAGGAGACGGAGCUGAAGGAGAUCAAGCUCCAGCUGAAGAAGGUCAACGGCCGCCGGCUGGACUUCGACUACAAGCGCAGACGAAGAGGGAAGACGAGGGGGGACGACGUCCAACUGGCCUGGGACAAGUUCCUGAGCUCCAAGGAGCUGGCGGAGAGGAGCAUGUUCAUCCUGCUGCAGAACGACGUGGAUCAGCUGAGUCCUCUGGCAGCUCUGGUCUCCGCUCUGCUCGAUUUCCAUCACAGCGCCCACCGCAUCCUGCUGGGUCUCCAUGGCGACCUGCAGGCCAGGUUGACGUCUGCCAGUAACAAACCAGAGAGACGCUUCAGGCCUAAGAGGAUCCGGGUGAGGAGCGACCACAGCGCCACCGCUGGGUUCUACUACCAGCCGUCCAUCACACCUGCAGCUCCCUCAGGGGUCACGGAGGCACCGUCCAGACCCGGCAGCCCCCCCAUCUCCUGCUACGCGGACAGUCAGCUGGUCCUGGACCAGCCGUGCUGCAGGGCUGUCUACUCCUUCCUCCCGAACCACCAGGGGGAGCUGGGCUUCAGCGAGGGCAACGUCAUCGUCCUCACCGGCCGGGUCGACGCCAACUGGUUUGAGGGGGCUCUGGAGGGCCGGGCCGGGCUCUUCCCCGUCAGCUACGUGGACGUGUUGGUGCCUCUGCCUCUAGUCUGACACCAGAUCUGGACUCGGUUCUGGAUCACAUGCAGGUUUUCAGCUUCUAGUUUGCACUUUAUCACAGGUGACUCAGCCAUAGCCUGGAGGCCUCCUCUCCACUUACAGACGCUGCAGGUAGGAGGAGGUCCGGUCCGGGUCUGAACCCGGAUCUGGUCUCAGUCCACAUGUGGAGCUGGUCUGGGACCCAUGUGACCUCAUUCCUUUGGUUAGUGUGAACACACAGCGAGUCCUGCGUCGAUUUGAUUUAGUUCUAAGAGCAGAACCCCAGACCAGAUGACUCCAGAACAUUAAACAUUAAAAACUAAGAACAGUCCCGGCUCAAAGCACAAAGAGGGUCAGAGUCCGGUUCACUGGGAGACGCCGUGUAAAGGAGACGGAAACAGACACAGAGGUUCAGUCUAAACCAGAAUAAACCAACCGGCUCCAGGUCAGACCCAGAAAACGUCCAGCGCAGCUCCACUCACUGCGAGUCAUUCAUUCUUUAUUAAGUCUUUAUUAAGUCUUUAUUAAUUCUUUAUUAAUUCUUUAUUCAUUCUUUAUUAAGUCUUUAUAAAUUCUUUAUAAAUUCUUUAUUAAGUCUUUAUUAAUUCUUUAUUAAGUCUUUAUUAAGUCUUUAUUAAGUCUUUAUUAAUGUGGUGGCGGGAGACUAGAAACCAGAGAAACGCUGCUGCUCUGGAUCUGGAUGGAGCGUCUGUGGUUUGGAACCUGCUCUGGAUCCGAGGGUUUAAAAGUCUGUGUUUUUAUUACAGACUUUAUCAAAGACGUUUUAGAGACGUGAUGGUUUCAGGGGUUAAAGACCUGAGACUCUCUGGUGAUUCAAGUUUGGUUUUAGACUCUGAAAAAAUAAUAAUAAUAAUAAUAAUGAGACUUGAUUUAAUUUGGUUCUUUAAUCUGUGAAACCAGGAAGAGAAUUAAAGGAGAAACCAGUUGUUAUUACACAGGAAAAGGCUCCAGCUCAGUAAUAAGUUCUAUUGUUCUGUUUCUAUCAAUUAAAUCAACUUCACAGAAUCAGUUAAGAACUUCUAACUUCUUUUAAUGAGUUCCUGGUUUUCAACCUACAGGUUUAAGUCUGUUCAAUGGAAGCGAUAUGUCAGCGUGUUAAUUUAAGUUUUCUGAUGAACUGGUAGAAAUAUUAAUGCUCGAAAUAAUCUGAUAAUAAGGGACGAAUAAUUAUCACAUAAGAUCCUUUAACAUAGGUCAAAAGAUAGAUAGAUAGAUAGAUAGAUAGAUAGAUAGAUAGAUAGAUAGAUAGAUAGAUAGAUAGAUAGAUAGAUAGAUAGAUAGAUAGAUAGAUAGAUAGAUAGAUAGAUAGAUAGAUAGUCAGUUAUAAGUUAAACCUAAAAUUUAUUACAGUGUAGAAUCAUAGAAAACCAGAAGAAGUUUUAUUUAGUGCUGAACAUCGUGAUGUAUGACCUGGACCAGAGAGACCUGGUCUAGACCUGGUCUCGUGAGACCUGGUCUAGUGAGACCUGGUCUACACGUGGUCUAGAGAGACCUGGUCUAGACCUGUACCAGAGAGACCUGGUCUCGUGAGACCUGGUCUAGUGUUCACCUCAGGAGAACCAAGAAGACUGAGAUUAACUUCAGACGAUCUCAACCUUAAAAUCUAGUAACACUUGUUUGUUGUUUCUGGUUGUAAAAACAAACUUGAAAUACUAGAACGUGCCAGAAUAAUGAACUAUGCUAACUAUGCUAAGUGCGCUAACUAUGCUAAGUGCGCUAACUAUGCUAAGUGCGCUAACUAUGCUAAGUGCGCUCCCUUUAACCCUGUUAGACUCUCAGCUCUGCACAUGUCGACACUUUGAAGCUGUAACUUUGUUGUGUUGCUGAGAACCAGUAAAUCUUCUCAUCUCA